UCAAGAUUUGAAAAUUGCAUUGUAGGAAAUAAAUAUCAUAAACAAUUCAACUUUUAUUAUACACCUAUAUAUUUUCUUAUUUUGCAAUGUUGUUUACAAAUGCCUCUAGCCGGCCUUGAGCAAGCCAGCUGAGCCAGCAUAGCGCAGGUAGCAGAAGCACGACCCGGCCGAAAUUGCUGUUAUUUUGACCUAAUUGAGGUAUAAAUGGUGUUUAAUAUCAUCUUGGGAUAAAGGAGGCGUAUCUUCAAGAUAUGCGGUACUAUUACAGGCCUCUCAAAUAACUUACAGGGCAAGGGAUAUACGGAAUACGGAAACGAAAUAAGAUUGUGCCCGGCCUCAUCACGCUACCGGCACUGAGUCGCCGGGCUCCUCCGCCGCUGGCGGGGGCGGGGGCGGGGGCGGCGGGGGAGCGGCCGCCGCCGCCGCCACGGAGGACCGGCAGCCCCAUUGAUUAGCGGCGGCCGGCCGGGGCCGGUCCGUCGGCCGGUUCUCCUCAUUCCGGGCGCCGCGCGGUCUCCGAGCUGCCAUGACCGGCUCCGGGGACGGGCCCGGCCCGCUGAACGAACUCUCCUCGGACAUCGACACGCUGUCGGAAAACCUCCUGGAGACGUACACCAACCUACUGCACCUGGAGCGAGUGCUGCGCUGUCAGCAGGAGUCUGCCCCGGCUCCGGAGGACGGGUCGGCUCCCGAGCAGCGCUGGCGUCGCCGCCGACGCUCCUUUCAGCUGGCCGCCGCCGGCGACGGUCUGAGCGAGCGGAGCGGCCCUCCACCCCCGGCAAACGGCGGUCCGACGGCCGUCGACGACACGUCCCCUCAGGAUCGGCUGGAGCGUCGAGUCACGGAGCUGGAGGCGGAUGUGCGGAGGAUUGACCAGGAGAAGGAGGAGAUCCGUGUCAAAUACACGACCGUUCUCAAACGGUUGCGGAGACUACAGGUGUCCAGCUCGGAAAACUGGGAUGUCAAGUCACCGCCAAGUACGGCGGGUGACGGCAGUAGUCCGGCGGUACCCCCGUGGUCACCCGCCGACCGGCCCCAGUGGGUCGGUAACGGGGCGAUCUCUCGAACCAGCACAGUCAGUGCCGGCAGCACUGGGGGUAGCGGGUCUCCCCGACUGGCCAACGGGCCGUGGCGAGGCAGUGGGGAGAGGUCGCCGCCGCGACCGGGAGCUACCCAGCAGCUGUGUCCGUCGGAGGGUGAAGGAAGACUUGGAGUGACUGCUGGGAGUGUAGAGCGGACGGAGGGUGUGAGAAGUGACGAUAGACCCCGCAGUCCUAAACAGACGGAUGGUGCGCCGCCGAACAGCCGACUGCGGUCGGACGGGGACCCUCUCUCCGGCAGCACCUCCCGCAGUGGAGGAGGGUCACCCGUACCCCGCUCCACUGGGCUUACCUCCGACGGCGGCGCCGCCGCGGCCGACUCGGCGUUCGACGGGUCGCACCUCGCCCACGAAACGGCAGACUCACACCUACCCUCGGAGUCGGACUCGGACUUUGCCGGCGGGGAGAGCUCGUGUGGUGAUCCUGGGGACUGUUCGGCUACCGUGUCCUCUACCCACCCUGGUAGAGACUCGCCCCCACACCGCGGUGCCGGUUCUACCAACUCUGGUAUUGGCUCCAGCUGGCCCGGCUCUACUGGACACGGUGGUGCUGAAUACGGCUCCGAUCGACCAGGCUCUGGGAAAACCGUGCAUAGUUCUACCGGGAACAGUCCUACUGGACGCAGGUCUACUAGACACAAGUCUACCGAACACAGCUCCGCCGCACAAAGCCCUGCCGCACAAAGCCCUGCCGCACAAAGCCCUGCCGAACACAGCCCUGCCACCCACAGCCCCACCGGCCAUAGUUCUGGGAUAACCGAACGUCGCUCCAUCGGACACAGCUCUGCCAGGCGCCGCGCGUCUCGGCCCGGCUCUAGUCACUCCACUCCAGCCGCUAUCGGCCGACCCGGCUCGUCUGGGGCGGUCGAAAUGUCGGCCACCAGCCCCGCGGCCGUCUUGGGUCGGUCGUCUUCCCACCCAGUUGCUACGAAGCAUGACAAUGAGAGACUGAGGAACCCAGCUGUAGAUGUGCCGUCAGGCUGCUCGCAGUGGUCUGCCACAGAGGCAGCGCCGCAUGCUGGGGAGGGAAGUCGAGAGGCUGUGGAAGACCAGAUAAGAAGGCUCUCCGCGGCUGGACUCUCGCCGACCCGACAGCCGAUGACUGACUCGGGAGGAGACGAGAAUGUCUCCACAGAGAACCCUCACGGUUCUCCGGUGCUAUCUGAGACCAGUGAUACUGUUCAGGAGUCAAUCUCUGAGGAGAUUCCUGUCCCUGGCUCUCCACCCACACACCAGCCGCCGCCCCGUGCACCUUCACCGAAAGAAGACACCGUACCACAAGGCGAUGGUGGCGACACCUAUACUGGCGGUGGUGGCGACAUCUGUGGUAGUUUCCGAGGGUGGCCGACAGGUGGCGGCUCGCCCCCGCUUCUGUCGCCUCUGGUGGUGUUCGCUCGGCCUCCCGACCAGGCUGACGGCGUGAAAUCGCUCUGUGAGGUGACUGAUUCCGCCACACAGACGGAGACGGAGCACCGGGGUGACGCUGAGACGAUCGCUGUUCUGGAGGCUGUAAUCCGACGCAAGGACUCUGUGAUCGCCACGAUGCAGUCGAACCUGGCCAAGGUGGAGAGGCAGCUGGUAGGCACGCGUCAGCAGCUACAGACCAUCGAGGCGGACGUACUGCGCCGACUGGAGGAGGCCGAGCAGAGCUGGCGGCGAAAACGCAGGCAGCUGCAGGUGGACCUGGCCGAUGAGCGUGCCGUCUCUCAGACUCUGCACGCCGUGGAAGCCGACCUUAGCGAGCAGCUGCGCCGCUGUCGCCGCCGCUGCGCCGAGCUAGAGGCCGGCCUCCCAGACCGCUCCGAGCGGGGAGCGGCGGCCGAGAGGGGCACGGAGACGCGCCGUCGGAGCCGCAGCCGCCGGCUGGCCACUCUGUGCCACCAGCUGACUGAGCACGUCGGCAGGCUGAUGGCAGCCCAGACGCGUCUGACUGGCGAGCUGCUCAGCACGCUGCAGCAGCUGUUCGGCCUGUUCACGCUGCACAAUCCGGCUGUGGCCGCGCCCUGCCAGGAGGCCACCCUCGCCACCCUGCCGCUCUGGCUACCCUGGCUGGCCGCAGAGGCGCGGCUCGCCUGCCGCGACCGACAGCAGCGACACCUGGACCCGGUGUCGCCGCCAGAGGCGCUGCCGUCGCCGCCGGUAGGUGGCGCGCCGCCGCACCUCUCAGCGCUGGUGAGGCAGGUGUGGGACGACAUUGAGCGGCUGCGGAGACUCGAUUUGGAGGAGCCGGCGAGUCUGGGAGAGGUAGAGGACAGACCUCCGCCGAUUGAGGAGAGUAUGGAGUGACUGGGAUCUUCACGCGUUUAGCACUCGGCAGCACACCCUGAACUGAACUAUCCUGGUUCGUGAAGAAACAAAGAGAUCCAGUAUGGGUCUGCUGCUCCCACUGAUGACCGUAUGUAUGACUAUGUACAACAGCAUCCGUCCAUUGUGUCUGCACUCGCCCUUCCAUCCUUGUGUAUCCCUGCGGCCGUCAGGGAUAGCCGUAGCAACUGUAGGUAUGCGAGAAUAUUGGAGACGUCUUCGUCUCCUUCUGAGUCUGCCGUCCAGAGCGAUCUCCGAUUAAACCCCGUGAUUUGAGUGUCAGAUGUGGUAACGAGCGUACAAUAUUCGACUGUUGAUCCGUCCAUUGAAGUGCAAUCACAGUGCGGCUGGCUGGUAGUGUAGGCACAGCCGGAAGUCCUGCACUCUAGUCAGGAAGCUGCCCUUUCGUCAACCGUUUUUACGUGUGUGUUUUACAAAGGCCAGAACCGUUUAGACAUUUUUGUGUGGUCGUGCUAUUGUUUAUGUAGUUUCCGGUGACAUUUUGUGAUGACGAUAUCAUAAUAAUUGUUAUAAUUUCCUUUUAUGUGAUGUAUUUUUACUAGUCAGUUAGAAGCGCUUAACUGUUCAUAACAGUCAAUCUACUUAUUUUUUUUUUAAUAUUUUAUUUAUACCUAUGCCUGUGUUGAGCUAGUCCAUCGAAUGUGAAGUCAUUCUCCAUUGUACCCAUUGUCUAAUAAUGAGGUGAAUGAACACAAUAUGUAGUGUGUGCCGAAAUACACUGGCAUUGGUGACUCC